GCAGAUUAUCUAAGAGCCAUGAAAGUGGAUAGCAGAAUAUUGAUCCUUGCCUCAACAAUCCUUUUGGUCGUUUGUGAUGAUGAUAGCGGUGAUGGAACAACAAAGGACCCAUUUUGGACGAACGUGUGCAAAAAUGCGCAUCACCACCACAUGGGAAUUACCAUCGUAGCCGAUUCGUUAUUUCAAGAAGUACAAGCUGAAACUGGUUUCGAUCAGCAUUUGUAUUUACAAACAUUUAUUGAAACGGUAAAUCUGUAUUUCUGGGAACUCAGAUGCUCCAACGUGAAGCUCGUUUUAAAAGAAGUUGUGAAUUCUACUACUGACGACGAAAUGAAAUUCGAGGCAUUUAAAAACACAACGAGAAGCACCGGAAGGUCUCUGGAUGCACAUCUCACGCUCGGACUGCUCAGGGAAUGGGCUACAAAUCAAAGUUUCUUUAAAGAUAGUGAUGUAGUUUAUUUGAUAACAGGUCACACAGUCUUCGACUUUGUCUUGGCGUACCGACUGACGAUGAAAGCCGCGUCCUACACCUUUGGCGUAUGCUCGAGGUGGCGGGUGGCACUUAGCUCGGAUGACGGCAAGACAUUUUCAGGCGUUCCCGCUGCAGUUCAACAAAUCGCUAACUUGUUGGGAAUUAAGUGGGACGAUCAAGGGAAUAAAAUGGGGUGUGCUCCUAAAGAUGGCCAUGUGAUGAGCAGAAAUGGUGAACUCACCCGGUAUCCCACCUUCUCAGAAUGCAGCAAAAAGUCAUGGGAGGAGCGGACUCUGAGGUCUCUUGGCAAAAAGUCAUGCUAUAAGUUAAAACUGCCGUCGACGGAGUCCCCUUCGGAGAGCAUGACUCCAUAUACAUUUUUUAACUGCAUUGACCCAUGCAAAAAUAUUACACAACGAAGUGAGAACAAUGCAUGCAACGUGCCACUAGACGGCACUGGAGAUUGGAAGACCAAUGAUAUAUGUAAAACCAGUUGUUGCCCGGAUUACGACAAACAUUUUAAUGGAAAGAAAACAGGAGCGCCGGAUGGAAUGCCUUGUGGACCGGCUCAGGUAUGUCUUCAGCAAGUCUGCGUCCAAGUGCCCGAAGGACGGAGCAAAAUUAGCAUAGUUCCAACGGAUAGUGAGAAGUAA